GCAAGGUGACCUUCGAGAGAUAUAUUGAAUGUGUAAUGAAAUGGACUAGAUUUAUUAAACAAGAAGUGUAUUCUGGAUGAAUUAAAUUUGUCCGUUUUCGUUAAAAACAGAACAAAACAAAACAAACACAUCUAUUAUGUCUAAACGUUAUAAACGAGAUAAAACUACUGACAGUGUUAACCAUCAAGGCAGUUCAUGUACAACACACCAUAGAAAUUAUCAUCUACAACCUGAUUGGAGUCAAUGUUGUCAGCAUUGUGACGACAAUAAUAAUAAUAAUGUCAUCCGGAGAAUACAUUCCCCUCAUCAUGCACCGCCAUCGCCAUCAACACCUCCUCCGACCUGUUUACAUUUACCCGCAUCAUAUAUAUCAUCUCAUGUGAAUUGUCAUUCCCAUAAUAAUGACACUACUAAUACUACUAAUAACAAUAAUAGUAGUAACAGUAGUGCAGCUAAACACGGAUCACAAAGUAUUGUAGAAAAGGCAAUUUUUCGUAUGAUCAAGUGUUUUGAUCAUAAAUCAUCAGAUCGUAAACUGCAUCAGUCGACAACUAUUGCUACAAGUGAAGACUGUUUACAACAAAGUGAUUCUUCGUGUGAAGAACGACCGCUUAUCUCUAAUCGUCAAUACACUAAUAAUAAUAGUAAUAAUAAUGUUUAUCCUAAAGGCGCUUCAGUAGGCGAUGGUAGUACAACGCCAACAUCAUCUACAUGCAUUAAUGCAACUGAAGUGGAAGAUUGGAUGCGUCGACGACUCUACUAUCAUUUUAUGACACCGAUUGGUAAAUUUCAUGCGAAAAGACGUAUUCCGUUUAAAUUAUUUAUCCAGAUACUUAAGGUGUUGUUAGUCACAAUUCAGUUAAUUCAUUUUGGAUUUAAUCGUGCCGCGCAUGUAUCAUUUGGUGAAUUAUCGCAUACAGCUUUCUGUCAUUUAUAUUUACACCGAUGGGAUUCCCAGUAUGAAACCUUGGAUUAUCCUCCAGCGACUGGUGUUUAUGCUGUAUAUACAAUUGAUGCAUUUUAUGAACACGUUGGUUAUGCAAUCACCCAGUUUAAUAAGACGAAAGAAUUAGCUCUCGGUGGAUAUUUAUUCGAUUCAACAAAUCCAACAAUGAAAUUAUGCAUGAAAUAUGUAUCUCCUCCAAUGGAAAAUAAAAGUACUCUAUUUAGAGUAGCAUUACAAGAAGUGGAAAAAUGUGUAUCGAUUGAACCACAGAAGAUUGAUGCUAAACAAUUACAAGAUGUUGAUGCAAUAAAGAAUUUUCUGGAAACCCAUGGGUUGAAUAUUGAUUUUGACCAUCUACUGGGAUUCAGUAUACACUUCAAUCUCUUAUCUCCACCAAUUUAUCAUCUCGACUGGACGCAAACAAUUGAAUGCUAUCGAUUUAUGAUCAAGAUAUCUUUAGAAAAUCCUUCACAGUCGGGUCAAAUAAAAAUUCUUCUACACGCACCGUAUGCAUCUGCACCGUGUCUUGAUAUACCAUCAACGCAGACAAAUGAUACGGCAUCUUCAACACAACAACCAUUGACGACGUCUACUACUACUACUACCGUCCAGUUGACAACCGCAUCGUCUACAUCACCGUCGACAUUGUCAUUGAAUCUAGUAGAGAAGGAUAAAAAACAAGAUCUACUUGUUAAAUUUUGGAAUCAAUUCAAUAUUACAUCAUCAAAAGUGUCGAAUGAAACAAAUUAUAUGAUUCCACGUGGUGGAUUAGUUAUCCUAAUUGAUUGUUGUACGCUUAUAUUAGGUCUUAUCUCUUGCAUUCUAUGCAUACGAUCAGUUAUACAAGGAUUUCGUAUGUGGCUGGAGACAGUGAGAUUUUUCAAACAUUGGUUUGGUAUACAAUUGAAUGGUGUAUUCUGGGAAUUUGUACGACCAUGGAUUCUAUUCAUCUUUGUCAAUGAUCUCAUUAUUAUUAUAACAUCAUUAUAUGCAUUGAGUACAAUGCAUCGUAUUCAAAUGAAAUAUGAACCACUCACAUAUUCAAUGGGAAUUGGUGCCCUGUUAGUAUGGAUUGGUAUACUUUACUAUGUGGGAUUUUCAUACGACAAUAGUCUGUUAAUACGGACUAUUUCACGUUCAAUACCUGGCCUGUUAAGAUUCUGUGUUUGUGCUCUCAUCCUGUUCUUCGCUUUCAGUCUAUGCGGUUGGGUUGUACUUGGACCGUAUAACUUGAAAUUUCGUACAUUUAUGUCGACCGUGGAAUGUUUAUACAGUUUAAUCAAUGGAGAUGAUAUGUUUGUUACAUUUACAAUAAUUAAUGAAAAUGAUCCAAUGGGGAUUUAUCUAUUUAGUCGAUUGUUUCUUUAUCUUUUUAUAACACUGUUUAUUUAUGUUGUCUUGAAUUUAUUUGUAACAAUUAUAUUUGAAGCAUAUGAAGAAGUGAAGGAUAUGCAAAACUCUCGUGGACGUCCAAAUGAUUCACCAUUAUGGCAUUUUGUAUGUCAGCAUAAUUAUGAUCCCAAAUCACCAAUAUUUAAAGAAGAUGAAUGCCGACCAGAUCGACAUAUAUUACACGAACAAGCACAAGGUAUUUUUGGUGGUGGCGGUGGUGUAUGUUAGGAGCUAGUGGUAGCGGUACAAGACAUGCUUCAUCAACAGAUCAUUUAGGCACUGGUACAUCAUCUGUGAAAGAUAUACUGAAAUUUAAAUCAUUUCUUAAAUGUCAACGACAACAACAACAACAACACAAGCAACAAUCACAAAAUUAUCAACGUCAACAAAGAAGACGACAACAAGUCGAUGAAUAUCAGCAGGAACAACCACGACAACAACAACAACAAAACUGUCGUCAUCAUCAUUUACAUCCAACGGAAAAUGAAGAGGUUGAAAAUUCAAUGAAUAAUAAUAGCACAUUUAAUGUUCAACAGGAUAAAGGAGAUGGUAGUAGUAGUAGUAUUGAUGAAAAUGUUGGUGGUGACUGUCGAAAAAUCAUCAUUGGUCAUGCAGCUGAUGAUAACGAUGACCAUGACCAUAGUGAUGAAAAUGAAGACAAGUAUGUAUGCAGUCGAAUUUCAGAGUCACCAAACAAUCCUACAACUCCGACUAUGCUACCUGAAGAGUCGACGACUACAACCCGACAGAAUGGUGAUUCUUUCUCUGCAUUGAAGGAGUCUUCAUUAAAUGUAUGAAAUGUAGUAUUCUCAAAAACUGCAUCUCUCCUCAUUGGUCUCUUUCUGUACUCCCUUUCUCUCUCUCACUCUCCCUCCCUCUUCAUUGGCAUUGUUCCACAUCACUUUCAUCAUGGUGCAUUUUCUUCUCUUACCCGAUUUUACACACAGUCACAUCAUGACAUGUUUUUUACCACUGACGUGUAAUCCUCCUCUACUGCCGCCUUCUUUUCUCUGCUCCUAUGGUUAAGUGUAGUGAUGUUCCUCAUCAAGUUUGACUGUAACUAUUUUUUUAAAGAUAUAUACGCUAAAAAAAUGAACCUGUUUUCCUUUCGCCUUGAUCUCCCUUUAAUACUUCCUUCUACUCACAAUAUUGUACACACACACAGAUUCACCUGUAUGCAUGCAACUUUUAAUUUAUUGUUCUUAAAUAAUAAAUUGAAUUACUGAAACAACUUAUAA